UGUCUUCAUGUGUUUGUCUUUCCGACAACAACACUUUGCUUAAAAAUGUGACGGUAAUAGCCCUUUAAUAUAUUAUAUUUUUUCUUUUGCCCUCUUCUUUUAUUCUAAUUUUUCACUUAUAUCCUUGUCAAUGGCUUUGGAAUUUGUCCGUCCUUGCAGAAGACACCAAACUCAAUCAAGCUAAUUUUGAAAUUGAUUAAUUCAAAAGAAAAUAAAAGUUAAAGAAUUUUUGUCUCGUAUUUUUCAACCUUUUUGAUGUUAGCUAGCUCCAUGGACAAAAAUCUUGUCAUCAACGGAAUCACAUUUGUUCAAAAUUUGAAAAUCAAGAUGGUGCUGCACUCUAGAAAAUAACAAGUGGUGAUGCAUGCAUGGCAGGUACCAUACAAGAACAUCCAAAAGUAAGUACUGCAUUCGUCGCAUUGCUAACUAUGCUGACAACACGUGUGUUAACACUCUUUGUUGCAUGGAAUUUUGUUGUUGAUCACUUAGCACUACAUGUCAACAACCAAAACUCAUCCUUCUUAUCACUUAAUCUUUUAUUCUAUGUUCUUUUUCUGAUCAUCUCUUGCAAAUCAUGCUCUUCAUUAAUCUUUCUGCCAUGAGUUUUAUAAACUCUGUGUUGGAUUGGGUGGUGCCUCCUGCUAGCUUGGUGAUGCUAGCAUGUUCAUGGCCAGCCUUAUGCUUUAUCAAUACAUGUGAGUGGCUCUACAGAUCUUUCUUUAGUGAGGAUAUGGAGGAUAAAGUUGUUAUCAUCACUGGAGCUUCUUCUGGCAUAGGAGAACAAAUUGCAUAUGAAUAUGCAAAGAGGAAAGCAAUUCUUGUUCUGAUUGCACGUAGAGAGCACCGGCUUAGAGGGGUCAGUGAGAAAGCUAGGUAUAUUGGUGCAAAGCGUGUCCUGAUUAUGGCUGCAGAUGUUGUCAAGGAGGAUGAUUGUAGGAGAUUUGUCAAUGAGACCAUAAAUUACUUUGGUCGGGUGGAUCAUCUUGUCAAUACAGCAAGUUUGGGGCAUACAUUUUACUUUGAAGAAGUAGGAGACACCUCUGUGUUUCCCCAUUUCUUGGACAUAAACUUUUGGGGAAAUGUCUAUCCAACUUAUGUGGCUCUUCCAUACCUACGUCAGAGCAAUGGACGAGUUGUUGUUAAUGCAGCAGUUGAGAGCUGGUUACCUCUGCCGAGAAUGAGCUUAUAUGCUGCUGCAAAGGCUGCCCUGGUGAGCUUCUACGAGUCACUGAGAUUUGAAGUGAAUGGUGAAGUUGGAAUAACAAUUGCAUCUCAUGGUUGGAUUGGGAGCGAAAUGAGUAGAGGCAAGUUCAUGCUAGAGGAUGGAGCAGAGAUGCAAUGGAAAGAAGAGAGAGAAGUAAACGGGACUGGUGGUCCAGUAGAGGACUAUGCAAAGAUGAUUGUGUCGGGAGCUUGCCGAGGACAUCAAUAUGUCAAGUACCCAAGCUGGUAUGACAUAUUCCUCCUUUACAGGAUGUUUGCACCUGGAAUUCUCAACUGGGCUCUUCGAAUGUUGCUUGCACCGAAUGGUUCAAGAAGAACGUCUAUGAUAGGCACCGGGAGACCUGCAUUAAUUUGAAGGCGGCGGCUCUCCAAGGAAACUUCUUACUGGUCCUCUCCAUCCCAAUCCCCAGCAAACGCAGAUGCAGAAACUGGAAUAAAAAGAAAGAAAAAGCCUCGUCUCAGUAAUCAAUCAUGCAUUUGAGCUCUUUUAUAGCUGGUUUUGCUUACUUACUGUCCAUUUGUGGCUUUGUGACAUUUUAUGCUGAUAAUAAACUGGAGUUCUCUUGUGA